AUGUAUUUAAAAGCAAAAGACUACGAUGAACCAUUUCCAGAUGAAGGGCCAGAGCGGGGGUCCCGUUGGGGAUUGAUAUUUGUUGGAGUUGUUAAUGCUUACAAUAAUGGAAUUGGGGCCAUCAUCGUUACUCCUCAUGGUUCCCGCAUUCCUUUUACCACAAGUCGGACAUUCAAUUUUAAAAACAACAUGGCAGGGUAUGAGGCUUGCAUUAUGGGUCUCAAAGAAGCUAUCGAUUUGAGAAUCAAGAUUCUGGAUGUGUAUGGAGAAUCGACUUUGGUAAUCAAUCAGAUCAAAGGAGAGUGGGAAACUCGUCAACCCGGUUUAAUCCCCUAUAAAUAUUAUGCAAGGAGGUUGUCAACCUUCUUCAAUGAAAUUGAGUUUCAUCAUAUUCCCCAUGAAGAAAAUAAAAUGGCAGACGCAUUAGCCAUUUUGUCCUCUAUGAUUAUUGUGAACUGGUGGAAUGAUAUACCCAAAAUUAAUGUUAUGCGCCUUGACAGACCCGCUCAUGUGUUUUCAGCAGAAGAGGUCAACGAUGAUAAGCCGUGGUAUCAUGAUAUAAAUUGCUUUAUUCAGAAGCAAGAGUAUCCAUUUAGGGUAUCGAACAAAGACAAAAAAAACUUUGAGAAUAUUGGUUGGUAA